GAAAGUUUAAAGCAGCUAAGAACUAGAUAUAAUAAUUUCGUAUUAUACGUGCUUCUGAAUCAAUUUAAUUUUCAUUUUACAUCAUGCCGAUUUCAUUUAUUGUGUGUUAAUUGCCUUGUAGAUGCGGUAAGCGAGGUAUCGUUUUUAAACAGAAAAGAUUUAAGAGAAUUAGGUGAAGAAUCAUCUAUCCAUCAACAAAAUGACUCUCAUCAUGUUAGAGCAGGAUUCAAAUAUUAUUAUGUGAAUCACAACGGACAAAUCUAUACCUCACAUGUUAACCCAUCAAUCAAAAUAGCAGCUACCCAGUGUGUUAGUCAAACAACACAUUAUAAGGCAGCACAGAUGAUUGGACUUAUGGUAAAACACAUGUCUUCCAAUGUUUUUAGUGGGAUUGCUUCUCGUGGUCACGGCAUUGGUAUAUUUUGUCACAAUGAAAAAGUAACAGUUUUUCCAGAAUUUUACUCCUUGAGAAAUAAAGCCAGUUGUGGAAGUUCUUGUUCUGGCUCAUGUCGAUCUACCUGUACUUCUGAUGGGAGAAAGAUGGAAGACCUUGGUGGUGUAACCAACAGCUUGUCUGGUGUACGAGAAGAUAGAAUAAUCUGUAACAAUUUUCCUGGAGCCGAGAAUAUUUUGGUGCACGAGUUUGCUCACCAGAUUUACAAUUACAUGCCAUCGUCAGAUCACAACAGGAUUGACUACGUUUAUAACUAUGCAAAACAACAUCAUAUAUGGACUGUUGGUACUUAUGCUAUGGCCAACCCUACUGAGUUUUGGGCUGAGGCGACUCAAGCUUUCUUCCACGUUACUGGCAGGUCCGAUGUUACAGGUGGUCUAAACAUGUGUAACAACGGUCAAUAUGUAUGUAGGAGUGAAUCAGAAGGAAGAGCUUAUCUACAGAAACGUGACCCCUGGUUGUUCGAUGAAUUAUCAAAAAUGUACACGAAUAAUCAACCCAACACACCUAGUGGACUUACUGCAUGUUAA